CUCGCUCGUAGCCGCGCAGUUGAGUUCUACGGCGAAACACUGCUCUACACUAAAACCCCACCCGAAAGCCCUAAUCUAUUCGUUUACUUCGCAACCAAUCCAUCAUGGGUCGCCGGAGAAAUGGUGGUCACAGUUCAUCCCCCCUCAAUGGCCUGCCUCAGCCCCAGGGCUCCAAGAUUCGCUUCGAAGACGACGACGAAGCUCUGAUUGAAGAAACCACUGAGAGCUCCAACAUCGACGAGUCCAUGUGUGAAGCCGACGACUCUAACAGAGUCAUUGAAGACUCCGCGUGUGAGCCUGCCCAGUCCUUGGAUGACAAAGAUGAUAAAACCAGCGCUGAUUAUUACUUCGAUUCCUACUCUCACUUCGGCAUUCACGAAGAAAUGCUGAAGGAUUCAGUUAGAACUAAGACGUAUCAAAAUGUAAUUUAUCAAAAUAAGUUUUUAUUCAAAGAUAAAGUUGUCCUUGACGUGGGAGCAGGGACUGGCAUUUUGUCCCUAUUUUGUGCCAAAGCUGGAGCAGCACAUGUUUAUGCUGUCGAGUGCUCCCAUAUGGCUGAUAUGGCAAAAGAGAUAGUCGAAGCCAAUGGAUUUUCUAAUGUUAUAACUGUUCUGAAAGGGAAGAUUGAAGAAAUUGAGCUUCCUGUUGCUAGAGUAGACAUAAUUAUUUCAGAAUGGAUGGGAUACUUUUUGUUGUUCGAGAAUAUGUUAAAUACAGUCCUAUAUGCUCGUGAUAAGUGGCUUGUUAAUGAUGGUCUUGUACUACCAGACAAAGCUUCUCUGUAUCUAACAGCCAUUGAGGAUGCAGACUACAAAGAAGACAAGAUUGAGUUUUGGAAUAGUGUAUAUGGGUUUGACAUGAGCUGCAUCAAAAGGCAAGCCUUGGUGGAGCCUUUGGUGGACACUGUUGACCAGAAUCAAAUUGUUACAAACUGUCAGCUACUUAAGACGAUGGAUAUAUCCAAAAUGGCGCCAGGCGAUGCUUCCUUUACUGCCCCAUUCAAGCUCAUAGCAGAACGUGACGAUUACAUUCAUGCUCUUGUUGCCUACUUUGAUGUAUCUUUUACCAAGUGCCAUAAGUUGACUGGAUUCUCUACUGGGCCGAGAUCAAGAGCCACACAUUGGAAGCAAACAGUUCUAUACUUGGAAGAUGUUCUCACCAUUUGUGAAGGAGAAUCCAUCACUGGUAGCUUGAAUGUUGCUCCAAACAAGAAGAAUUCUCGCGAUAUUGAUAUCGUGCUGAAAUAUUCGUUCCAUGGACGUCGAUGCUCGAUCUCGAAGACUCAACAUUACAAGAUGCGUUGAUUCAACAACAGUGCAACAACACUGGCUUGUUUUCGAUCACAAUCUAUGUAUUCGUGUGUUGCUACAUCUUCUUAAGGAAUUAAUUAGGUUUGACAAUUAUACCUUAUUGAUAUGCUUGUAUUCAUUUAUCCAUCUGGAUGCUUUAAAUACAAUUUAUAGUUCCUCUUCUG